AUGUCCGGCGAGAAGGAGUAUCUCAACGCGGAAGAGUUCGAAGAUGCACUUAAAGCGCUGGAUACCGAAAUGAGCCAUGAUGAAUGGCUCGUAGCGUUCGGUCCUAUCCGACUCAUCGCCGCCGGCGGAUUCCUAGCAGUCACAUUUCUCCAGAACCGCGACAGCACAGCAGACGUGGACUUCCUGAUCGACCCAGAGUUCGAGCGCGAGAAAGAGAUCCGACAAGGACUCGAUAAUGCUAUCGUCUCGGUCGCUCUCCAGCAGAGCUAUAACCGAAAAUGGAUGAACAAUGACAUGGCUAUUUUCGUGAGCCGGCCAUCCCGACAGAGUCUUUUCAAGAAAGCCCUCGAACAGAACAUCACGCUUUUCCAAGGAGAAAACUUGGAGAUCCUAGCUGCUCCGAUAGAGUGGGCUCUUGAACGCAAGCUACGGAGAAUCUAUAACGGCGGUCGGGGUCGAAAGGCCGAAAUGGAUAUGGCGGAUGCGUUGGCCUUUUUAAAAUACUUGAGAACGAGGGAUAAUGGCCCUUUGGUGAAGGAGUCCGUUCGGACGAUGAAUUGGAACGGGUUCGAUGUCCUGCCUGAUAGCAGAACGAUGCAGUUAGUAGCUUUCGAAUACCGGAAGAAGUACAGCGAGCAGAUCUUUCGUUCUUAA